GGGGGCGGGGCUCAGAUUCCUGUCAGCGGCGGCGGCGGUGGCGGCGACCGUCAGUUUUCGCUGAGGAGAAGCACGGAACGGACCCUUUGGCUCUCCCCCUUCCCCUUCCCCACCCUGAACCCCUCUCCUGGCCGCGGAGUAUCAGUCCCUGUUGAGUUCCCCCUCCACCUCGCCUCCUUUUCCUCGGUCCUUGGCCCGGUGGAAGUCACUACCCUCGAGGAGGAGGCAGUGGCAGCCGCCCUCGCCUCGCCGCCCCCGGUUCGGUGCCCGCGGUCCCGGAGAGGAGGUGCCGCCGCCACCGCCGCUCCCCCCCUCCCGCUGCCCUCGGGCCGGGCUGGGUCGAGCUGCGAUGCCCUCGGACUUCAUCUCAUUGCUCAGCGCGGACCUAGACCUGGAAUCGCCCAAGUCCCUGUACUCGCGAGAAUCUGUCUAUGAUCUUCUCCCAAAGGAGUUACAAUUACCUCCAUCUAGAGAAACAUCUGUAGCAUCAAUGAGUCAGACAAGCGGUGGUGAGGCAGGCUCGCCUCCUCCAGCUGUUGUUGCUGCUGAUGCUUCUUCAGCUCCCUCCUCUUCCUCCAUGGGCGGUGCUUGCAGCUCCUUUACCACCUCUUCCAGCCCUACCAUUUAUUCUACCUCAGUCACCGACAGCAAGGCUAUGCAAGUGGAGAGCUGCUCCUCAGCCUUGGGGGUAAGUAACAGAGGGGUAAGUGAAAAGCAGUUAACCAGUAACACAGUUCAGCAGCAUCCAUCAACACCGAAGAGGCACACAGUCUUGUACAUCUCACCACCACCUGAGGACUUGCUGGAUAACAGUCGGAUGUCCUGCCAGGAUGAGGGGUGUGGAUUGGAAUCUGAGCAGAGCUGCAGUAUGUGGAUGGAGGAUUCCCCCUCCAACUUCAGUAACAUGAGCACCAGUUCCUACAAUGAUAACACUGAGGUACCUCGUAAAUCACGAAAACGAAAUCCAAAGCAGAGGCCGGGGGUCAAACGACGAGAUUGUGAAGAAUCUAAUAUGGAUAUAUUUGAUGCCGACAGUGCCAAAGCACCUCACUAUGUGCUUUCUCAGCUUACCACGGACAACAAAGGCAACUCAAAAGCAGGAAAUGGAACAUUGGAAAACCAAAAAGGAACUGGAGUAAAGAAGAGCCCUAUGUUGUGUGGACAAUAUCCUGUUAAAAGUGAGGGAAAGGAGCUGAAGAUAGUUGUACAACCUGAGACACAGCACCGAGCUCGGUACCUUACUGAGGGCAGCCGAGGCUCAGUAAAAGACAGAACACAGCAAGGCUUUCCUACAGUAAAGCUGGAAGGCCACAAUGAACCUGUAGUGUUGCAAGUGUUUGUGGGCAACGACUCUGGACGAGUGAAACCACAUGGAUUUUAUCAGGCCUGCAGGGUAACUGGACGAAAUACAACUCCUUGCAAAGAAGUGGACAUUGAAGGCACUACUGUUAUAGAAGUUGGCCUUGAUCCUAGCAACAACAUGACACUGGCGGUGGACUGUGUAGGGAUAUUGAAAUUGAGGAAUGCUGAUGUUGAAGCCAGAAUAGGAAUUGCUGGUUCCAAGAAGAAAAGCACUCGUGCCAGAUUGGUUUUUCGAGUUAAUAUCACGAGGAAAGACGGCUCCACUUUGACACUGCAAACACCCUCUUCUCCAAUUUUGUGUACUCAGCCAGCAGGAGUGCCAGAAAUCUUGAAGAAAAGCUUGCAUAGCUGUUCAGUGAAAGGAGAAGAAGAAGUGUUUUUAAUCGGCAAGAACUUUCUGAAAGGAACUAAAGUUAUUUUCCAAGAAAAUGUUUCUGAUGAAAACUCUUGGAAGUCAGAAGCUGAAAUUGACAUGGAAUUAUUUCAUCAGAAUCAUCUUAUUGUGAAGGUUCCCCCCUAUCAUGAUCAACAUAUAACUUUGCCUGUAUCAGUGGGAAUAUAUGUAGUGACGAAUGCUGGAAGAUCUCAUGACGUUCAACCAUUCACUUAUACUCCAGACCCAGGUAUGUCAUUGGCAAUUUUUAUGGUUUUUAAACUUUUCUUUUUUGUGUGUUUGUAUGCAGCAAUGAAGACUACUGGAUGUAAUUUAGAUAAGGUAAAUAUUAUUCCUAAUGCCCUGAUCACUCCACUCAUACCAAGCAGUAUGAUUAAGAGUGAAGAUGUUACUCCAAUGGAAGUAACAGCAGAAAAAAGAUCUUCCACUAUUUUCAAGACUACAAACACAGUUGGAUCAACUCAGCAAACAUUAGAAAACAUCUCAAACAUAGCAGGAAAUGGCUCUUUUUCAUCACCGUCAUCUUCCCACCUGCCUUCAGAAAAUGAAAAACAGCAGCAGAUUCAGCCCAAGGCUUACAACCCAGAGACCCUGACAACUAUUCAAACCCAGGACAUCUCACAGCCUGGUACUUUUCCAGCAGUUUCUGCUUCUAGUCAGCUGCCCAACAGCGAUGCUCUAUUGCAGCAGGCUACACAGUUUCAGACAAGAGAAACUCAGUCUAGAGAGGUAUUACAGUCAGAUGGCACAGUGGUUAAUUUGUCACAACUGACUGAGGCGUCACAACAACAGCAGCAGUCACCACUACAAGAACAAGCACAGACUCUACAGCAGCAGAUUUCAUCAAAUAUUUUUCCAUCACCAAAUAGUGUGAGUCAGCUUCAGAAUACUAUUCAGCAGUUGCAAGCAGGGAGUUUUACAGGCAGUACUGCUAGUGGCAGCAGUGGAAGUGUUGACUUGGUCCAGCAAGUUUUAGAGGCACAGCAACAGUUAUCUUCAGUUUUAUUUUCUGCUCCAGAUGGUAAUGAGAAUGUUCAAGAGCAGCUUAGUGCAGACAUUUUUCAACAAGUCAGUCAAAUUCAAAGUGGUGUAAGCCCUGGAAUGUUUUCCUCAACAGAGCCAACAGUCCAUACCAGACCAGAUAAUUUAUUACCUGGAAGAGCUGAAAGUGUUCAUCCACAGUCUGAAAACACGUUAUCUAAUCAACAGCAGCAGCAGCAGCAACAGCAAGUGAUGGAAUCUUCAGCCGCAAUGGUGAUGGAGAUGCAACAGAGUAUCUGCCAGGCAGCUGCCCAGAUUCAGUCAGAGUUAUUCCCUUCAACUGCUGCAGCAAAUGGAAACCUUCAGCAAUCACCAGUUUACCAGCAGACUUCUCACAUGAUGAGUGCAUUGUCUACCAGUGAGGAUAUGCAAAUGCAAUGUGAAUUGUUUUCUUCUCCUCCUGCAGUUUCUGGAAAUGAAACUUCUACAACCACCACACAGCAGGUUGCAACCCCUGGCACUACCAUGUUUCAGACACCAAGUUCAGGAGAUGGAGAAGAAACUGGAACACAAGCAAAACAGAUUCAGAACAGUGUCUUUCAGACGAUGGUCCAAAUGCAACAUAGUGGGGACAGUCAACCUCAAGUUAACCUUUUUUCGUCCACAAAAAGUAUGAUGAGUGUUCAGAAUAGUGGUACGCAGCAACAAGGUAAUGGUUUAUUCCAGCAAGGGAAUGAGAUGAUGUCACUUCAAUCUGGAAAUUUUUUGCAGCAGUCUUCUCAUUCACAGGCCCAGCUUUUUCAUCCUCAAAAUCCUAUUGCUGAUGCUCAGAACCUUUCCCAGGAAACUCAAGGUUCUAUUUUUCAUAGUCCAAAUCCUAUUGUCCACAGUCAGACUUCUACAACCUCCUCUGAACAAAUGCAGCCUCCAAUGUUUCAUUCUCAAAAUACCAUUGCUGUGUUACAGGGCUCUUCAGUUUCUCAAGACCAGCAGUCAGCCAACAUAUUUCUUUCCCAGAGUCCUAUGAGUAAUCUUCAGACUAACACAGUAGCCCAAGAAGAACAGAUUUCAUUUUUUGCAGCACCAAACUCAAUUUCUUCACUUCAGUCAACAUCAAACACCGAACAGCAAGCUGCUUUCCAACAGCAAGCUCCAAUAUCACACAUCCAGACUCCUAUGCUUUCCCAAGAACAGGCACAGUCCUCCCAGCAGGGUUUAUUUCAGCCUCAAGUGUCCCUGGGCUCCCUUCCACCUAAUCCAAUGCCUCAAAGCCAACAGGGAACCAUGUUCCAGUCACAGCACUCAAUAGUUGCCAUGCAGAGUAACUCUCCAUCUCAGGAGCAGCAGCAGCAGCAACAACAACAACAGCAGCAGCAGCAACAACAACAGAGCAUUUUAUUCAGUAAUCAGAAUACCAUGGCUACAAUGGCAUCUCAAAAGCAACCACCACCAAACAUGAUAUUCAACCCAAAUCAAAAUCCAAUGGCUAAUCAGGAGCAACAGAACCAGUCAAUUUUUCACCAACAAAGUAAUAUGGCCCCCAUGAAUCAAGAACAGCAGCCCAUGCAAUUUCAGAGUCAGUCCACAGUUUCCUCACUCCAGAACCCAGGUCCUACCCAGUCUGAAUCAUCACAGACCCCCUUGUUCCAUAGCUCUCCUCAGAUUCAGUUGGUACAAGGGUCACCUAGUUCUCAAGAGCAGCAAGUAACACUCUUCUUAUCUCCAGCAUCCAUGUCUGCCUUGCAGACCAGUAUAAAUCAACAAGAUAUGCAACAGUCUCCUCUUUAUUCCCCUCAGAACAACAUGCCUGGAAUUCAAGGAGCCACAUCUUCGCCUCAACCACAGGCUGCUUUAUUUCACAACACAGCAGGAGGCACAAUGAACCAACUACAGAAUUCUCCUGGCUCAUCUCAGCAGACAUCAGGAAUGUUCUUAUUUGGCAUUCAAAAUAACUGUAGUCAGCUUUUAACUUCUGGACCAGCUACAUUGCCUGAUCAGUUGAUGGCCAUAAGUCAGCCAGGCCAACCACAAAAUGAGGGCCAGCCACCUGUUACAACACUUCUUUCUCAGCAAAUGCCAGAGAAUUCUCCACUGGCAUCAUCUAUAAACACCAACCAGAAUAUUGAAAAGAUUGAUUUGCUUGUUUCGUUGCAAAACCAAGGGAACAACUUGACUGGCUCCUUUUAACUGGAUAUAAAUUCCAUGAAGAAAAUCCUGAUUCCAAGAUGUCCUGAGAUCUUGUGGUUUCAUGAGAAUGAUUGAACUGUUAACUUUAAAAACAAAACAAGAUAUGAAAAAUUGUAUUUGAGUAAAUUGAUAGAUUUUACUCUGACUGCAAAAGAGCACACCUAUGCUGCUUGUUGCAGUGAUGAACCACCAACAUUAACAUCUUCAUAUUUUAUAUUCCUAAUAACAGUGAUGACUGAGAAUCUAUUUGAGUUUCCAGCUGGCAGAAUUAAUUGUUACUAUUUUCUUAGGCGUAAUUUCCUUAAAAGUACAGUUUAAAUUCAAGGCUGGACCACUCAGUUGUUAUUGCUAUUAGAAAAUGAUAUGUCAUGUUUACUUUUGUUCUUCAUUAUUUUCUUUCCUGUGUUGUUUUAGUCAAGUAAUGGCUUUUGAAAAAGUAAAGUUCAGUAAUAACUAAGGCAUAUUUUUUCAAUAUAAAAGGCACAGCUGUUGGCCACAGUGAAGGAAUCUUUUUUUCAGUUUUUAUGGAGAAACUGAAGGGGUAACAUUCUAACAAGUAAACUGUAUAUGCAGAUAAAAGGACUCUUGAUUUAACACAAAGGCAUAUGAUACACUUAUAAAACUGGGAACAGCUGGAAUGCUAUCGAUUUUAUUUUUCAGAGAGUUGUUCUCUGAGUUUCUACUAAGGGGUUUAGCCAUAACUGUGCAUAGAAAAAUAAUUAUCUUUAUUUUAAAAAUGAAGGGGAUAAUAUAUGAUAAAUUAUGUUCUGAUAUCCUCCUACAGUAGUUUAAACUGACAGAAAAAUUUGAGUGUUUUCUUCUUAACCCAGUAUUAGGCUGGUUUUCCCUUUUUAUAUACAUCUGUAUUACUUUUCACUUCUUUUUCACUUUAGAGAACUAUUAAUAUACUACUGGCUUCAUGACCCUGUAGCAUCUUUGGCCACUUUAAUCUAGGGUGACCUAGCAAUCCUGCAGCACAGGGCAGAGAGGAAUUAUUGGGAGUUGAUUCCUGAGAAACAACACAUUUUUUCCCCAUGAACGGUGCUGUUCUGAAGUCUUCAAAUUAUUCCCUCUAAUAGGAAACAGUAUAAAUUUCAAUUAGGAAAAAAAAAAAAAAAGGCAAACUAAAAUUUCUUGAAACAUCACUUCUCCCUGAUCUGCAGUGAGUGUAAAUUCACUUGUCACCUCAGUGCUUUACAGUUUGAAGUGGUCACUUACCUGAUGGUUCCCACAAGCCUUAGGCUUUACAGGGUCAUAUCAUUAACUUAAAAUGAAGAAUUAACUUGUGUUACAUCUAUAAAGAGCAAAAUAACACUCCAGAACUUGGCAGUUGUAGCAUUAGUUAUACAGUUUUGGGUGUUCUUGCCACCCGUGGGGAUGCCUGCUUCUCACUACCACCUGUGUCUGGACACAUGCUUAUGUCUCAUUUUUCUUUUGGCAUGUGGAAAGCUGUCAAUGCAGUGUAAGGCCAACGUGUGUGUGGCUUCUAUGUGUUUAUAUAACGUUUUGGUAUCCUUGUUCGUUUCAUUUAUUUUUUAAGUGUACAAAAAAUAGCCUGUUAAUUGUUGAAGGCUACUUUUCUGUUUUUGUUUUCUGUUUUUGUUUUCUAUCCUGUACAUUUAGUUCAACUGUGUAGAAUUGUGGUGUUGGUUUUGUUUAUACAGCCAGAUUUUUCCUUUUUUCUUUUUUUGUGAUGAUCUUCCUUUGUUCUUUGAAUGUGCCCUUUUAAGUUGUCUUUUUCUCUUUAUUCUCAUGUUUUCUUCCCUCCACCUCCACCCCUUUCUUUCUUUCUCUCUCUGAUUGAGAGGCAUUGAAUUACGUUUUCAGUAGUACAGGCUUCUUGCCGAUAUGAAGGGAACUUUUCAGAAAGAGACCUACUCUGGGUCAUUUAAUUUUGAAUACAGUUUUCAAUCGUUCAAGUUUUGGAUGGUUUAUAUCUAAUGUGUGUUUCAUUUUUUUGGAAAGCUAUAUUUUGUAUUUAGGAAAUGGUAUACUAUUUUGCUAUUUGUACUGAGUGAGUACAUUGGCAUAAAUAUAGAAAUUUAUAUAUAUACAUAUAUAUAAACUAUUCUUUUUUGCCACACAUUUUUGUGGUAAAUUUGUGAGUUUGUCUGAUGUUCUACCACAACGUGGCGUCUGAUAACAGUGAGGGGGGGGGUUUGUUAUGUCUUUAUUGAGUAUUUAAGUAUCUUUUGAAACAAAUGACCUGUUCAUCUGUGGCCAUUCCAUCAGGCAGUUCCUUGAUGUUAGUAGUGGGCUAAAGGCAGCUUACUGUGUGUUUGCUGGAGCUUUCACUCAGCCAAGUGUUAGAGUAAGGAAACCCAUUGAGGCAAUGGCGUCAAAUGGUGUUUCACAAGAAUGAGCCAUUCAGUCUUUGCUCACUAUAUAUUUAAUAUUUUAUUAUUAUUAUUAAUUGGCUUUCUGUAUUCUAUGCCUUUUAUUUAUAAAGACACUAAGAAAACCCAUGUUUGUAAUUUUAAUAACAUUUUUCCCCAUCUUGUAAUAUCCUGAGCUACUUUAUAAAUUCUCUGAACCAAAAGUAUUUUCCUCAGUGUAUCUCUUCUCCCCCAGCCCUUUUGGGAAAAAUUACCCAGUAUAGUUCAGGUUAUGAGGAGGAUCAGCCACACAAUCCAGUGCUUCAGUUUGAAAAUGUAAAACUCUAACCCUAAAGUAGGGUUGAUUGAAAUGUCAGACAAAGCAAACCCAGCAGGUAUAAAAAGAAGUAGUAGAAAUAAAAAUCUGUAAGUUUAUUUUUGAAUUUUCUGAACUUUUUUCUAGGAGAUUAUGUAGGAGACUAAAGGAAUCUGUUCACCAAGUUCUAAUUAGGAUGAUUGUUAAUACUGCACUGUAGAUGAAGUAGUGGCAAGACUGGCUUGUGUGCUGACUUCUUUUCUGUGGUUUAGCAAAAGGUUUAUUGUUAUAAAAUGCUGAUUGGCAAUGCCAAGUCACUGGGACCAAUUUUCUGUUUUAUAAUCUAAGUUUGGAACAGAAUAUAUACCUGAACUGUAGUGGUUUGAUUGGAUGGAGGCAGAAAAUCCAAUUUUUAUUCUCAUAAAUUUUGUGAUUAUUUAUACAAGGGCUGUGCUAUGCUAUCAUAUUCUUGUUCAAUAAUAAUAGUUUUUUUGUGUGUUUUUACAUUGUUAAAUGUUCCUAACCCCUAAAGGUCAAUGUUAAGUACAACAUUCUGAAAAUACAAUUUGGUUACGAAGAGUAUUCAUCUUCUUUGAAGCUCAGUGGUUGAUACUUGUGCUAAUAAUGCAAUUUCCUGAUUAAUGUUACAAGUUACAGCUACAUAUAGGAGAGACUCAGCCAGCAAAGGCCAUAGAAACAACAAUGUAUUAAAUGUAUUUAUGGCAGAAGGACCUAAAUAAACUGUGAGCCACCUUUU